AUGAGUAAUAAUAGCAACGUUCAACCAAGCUAUGAGUACAGGAUUGGAGAGUGGGGCAGAUGCCAAGCAACCUGCGGGCCUAGAGCGAAAGAAGAACGAGAGAUUGCAUGCAUCCGCAAAGCGACAACUUACAAUCGCCUCACCGGCGAGAAGAUCAGCGAAGUUGUCGUGGGUGAAGUGGAUAUUUUCAACUGCUGGGUGGGCGUCAGGGGAGCGCCACCAGAUAAUGAAAGAAGAUGUGGUGACCGGCUGUGCGAUCCAUUCUGGGGUGAUGAACCCUGGAGGGAAUGCUCCCAAACCUGCGGUGGAGGACAGCAAACACGACCUGUCCAGUGCUGGUUAUAUAAUGUUAUCAUCGACCAGGACAUUGACGCAAAGCCAUACAAUGCCAGUAUUGACGACGAAGAUUGUCUGCGGAUCAGAUCGGCCGGCCCAAAGCCGCCCGGUUCGCGCCCAUGCCAACCCGCCGUGGACUGUGUUUCGGAGUGGACCACAUCAGAGUGGACCGCUUGCACCAAGACAUGCGGCUCCGGGAAUCGACAGCGCAACGUGAAAUGUCAUCAGUUGAUGUCCAGCGGUUUGCAUCGCGACGUGGACGAUAGUCAGUGUGUCUGAGCAGCCAGACCGUCCUCCCAGGAGGUGUGCAGCGCGGAGGACUGCCCUGGACGAUGGGAGAGCAACGCGUUCGGUUCCUGCAGCCGCAGCUGCGGCAACGGAACGCGGACCCGAGUGGUUCUCUGCAAACAGAUCAAGGCUGGCGGGCAGGACGAGACAGUGACGGAGAGUGAAUGUCGCCCUCUGCCCCAGCCUAAAGGCCGACGUCGGUGCAAUGCCCACAAUUGUCCAGCCGUGUGGGCCACGUUUACCUGGGGAACUUGCAGUGCCACGUGUGCCGGUGGAAGUCAGAUACGUACUGUUACCUGCGAGCGUAUUUUUGCAAAUUCUUCAAAACUUGUGGAAGAGCCGUCACAGUGCCCGGCGCAAUUGCGGCCACCUGCCACGCAGGCAUGCAACGAGCAGGACUGUACCGCAGAGUGGGUAGUGCAGAGUGACUGGGAGGCAUGCAGUCACACUUGCGGCGGAGUCGGCAGGCAGUCGCGUCGCGUGGAGUGUCGACGGCGCACCACGGGCGGCUUUGGCCUGGUGGACGACUCGCUGUGCCUGGCUCAGCGCAUGCCCGUCCGGCGUCGUGAGUGCCAGCGCCUGGACUGCCCCGCGUACUGGCAAAGCGGUGAGUUUGGCGGCUGCAGUGUAACCUGUGCCGGUGGUACACAACGCCGGACGGUGCAGCGCCGGGCAAUGCGGUCCACUGGUAAUGACGAAGUGGUGGAUGAGUUGCGCUGUCCGGGCGCGAGGCCCACCGAGAUCCGGGAAUGCGGCGUGUUCCACUGCCAACCCUACUGGCAGGAACUUCCCUGGCAGGGCUGCAGCCGAGAGUGUGGGAGAGGCGAGGAGCAGAGAGAGGUGGUGUGUCUCCAGCAUCUGCUUGUGGACGAUGGUGAGACACGUGUAAACACGAGUGAGUGUGUUGAUAAAGCCGACGGUGCAAGACCGGUCACUCAGAGGUACUGCGCCGAGACCGACUGUGACCCUAUCUGGGAGACAUCGCAAUACGAGGAUUGCGCUAUUAGCUGUGGAGGCAGUACUCAUCAUGGUGAUGUGAUCUGUAUACAACUGCAGUCAACCGGUCGCUGGGAGACAGUUCUCGACGGCAAAUGCCUGUUAUCCGAGCGGCCGCUGGAGCAGAAGGGCUGUGCUCUGGUGGACUGCCCGGCUAAGUGGCGAGUGACGGAGUUCAGCGACUGCCCGGUCACUUGCGGAGGCGACCAGCGCACGCGGCAAGUCUUCUGCGAAGUGCUGCGAGCCAGCAGGAAAAUCGAGCAAGUGGCCUACGCAGAAUGUCCACAGACAAGCGUCCCCAUGCCGACACUGAACUGUGGUGCAGUGCCUUGUCCAGCCGUGUGGGUGACAGACGGAUGGUCACGACCCCUACCACAACCUCCGAGACUACUGCCAGAGACAACUGAAUUGCCGCCACCGGAUGGAAGUUCGUCAACGUGCUCUGUAACCUGCGGAGGUGGCAUCCAGGUACGCAACAUACGCUGUGAGCAGGUCCAAGACACCGGGGAGCUGGUGAUAGUUGAUAAUUCCGUGUGCAUGUCAGCAUUGCGACCCAUCAACCAACAGCCGUGUAAUGCGAUAGACUGUCCAACACACCGGGAUGCUGGUCAAUACCGUCCUUGCUCCCGUUCGUGUGGCAACGGAACUCAGAGCAGAGAAGUGUUCUGCGAACGGGUGAACGCCGAGGGUCGUCUUGUCAAGGUGGCCAGCACCCUGUGCAAUCCUCAAAGCCAGCCUGCUGUUAACCGGCGAUGCCAAGUGGAGGACUGUCCCGAAACCUGGAUAACGUCAACCUGGUCUGAUUGCUCACAGACCUGCGGGAGAGGCAGCCGCGAUCGCGGUGUUUUCUGCGAGCAGAAUCAGGCGUCGGGUUACACUGUCCUCGUAGACGCCGAGAACUGCCCCGCACCGUCCAGGCCUAGCGAACGGGAGAACUGUAACAGCAUUGACUGUGCAGCACGCUGGCGGAUUGGCCAGUACGACGAGUGCUCGUUGCCCUGCGGUAAUGGGUCACAGUCGCGAAGCAUCGUCUGCGAACAGCUGCAAGGUGACGGGGAGAUCAGACUUGUCGGCGACUCCCUGUGUCCUCAACCAAAGCCUGCGCUAACACAACGCUGCUCGGAGAUCAAGUGCUCUGCCGUGUAUUGCGUAGGGCAGUACGGAGAGUGCAGUUUGACAUGCAGUGGCGGUACUAAAUCACGCACCGUGCACUGCGAGCAGAUCCAAGAGUCUGGCAACCUGAUCGACGUGCCGCAUGGUUUAUGCCUUACCUUUGCUGGACCUGCUCCGACCAGGAUCGACUCCUGUAACGUCAUAGACUGCCCUGCCGUCUGGGAAUCGGGCCCGUGGUACGCCUGCUCUCAGACCUGUGGUCGCGGCACGAGAACCCGGGAAGUGAUUUGCACGCGAUUGCUCUCCAACAAGCAGCUUAUCACCGAGCCGAAUUCCGAUUGUCCAGCGCAGUCGCGACCACCUGCAACACAGGCAUGCACCGAGCAGGAGUUGGCAGCUGAGGUGGUAGUACAGAGUGACUGUGUGGCAUGCAGACUGACCCAUGACUAUAUGUACACUACUGGAGAAUGGUCAGAAUGCCAGGCCAGCUGUGGGCCAGACGCCACACAGACAAGAGAGGUAAACUGCCUGCGGAUGCAGGUUCUGCUGAGGCCUGAUGGUAGCAAAGUUCCCCAUCUGCAGGUGACGGUGAAGCUUGGCCAGUGCUUGUUGAGGCUCCCGAUGCUACCUCCUCUGAUGAAACGACGCUGCGGUGAGGCUGAGUGCCCUCAGGCUGCCUGGGAAGCUAGCGAUGAAUGGACGGAGUGUCAGCCAUCGUGCGGGGCGGGCGAGCGGACAAGACAGGUCACCUGCAUGGCUCCUACUGGAGAUGGCAGUGCAAGCGAGCCAGUCGCCGACAGCCGUUGCAAUGCUGCGGGCACCAAGCCCAAAGCAGUCCUUCCAUGCUCCGGCAUUCCCUGCACACCUGUCUGGGCGCAGAUGCCCUAGACCAAGUGUGAUCCACUGAGUUGGCCGUCGACACGGCAACGCGACGUCCUGUGCUUGCGUCGCACUUCCUUGACAAUGUACGAGCGGCUAGCCGACGAAGAGUGUGCCAUUGCCAAGCCCAAACCGCGCACCUCCAGAGGUUGUCCGCGACCCCGUACUUCAGGCAAAUAGCGCAUUUCACUGCACACUUUUUAAGUUGGCAAUGCUCAGAUUAGGCUUCUCUGGCCUGACUGUAGUUUUGCCUUUAAACUAUUUCUCCGUCUCUCUCCCCCUCUUUCUCUUUAGACAUAACACUUUAGCACAAGGAAACAGUCAUUAUUUUCACCACUCUUCUCGCAUGUCUCAUCUCUCGUUUCACAAAAUUCUCUUUUUAUUUUUCGAAAACCUACAAAAAUUAUUGUCUUAUUCCCUAUUCGUCACCUGACGUAUUCUCACCAAGAUGUUAUAGUGUUCUCAGUACGUUGUUCUCAGUAUGUUUUUCUCAGUUUAUAUGUUGUUCUCAGUGUGUUGUUCUCAGUAUGUUUUCCUCAGCAAGUUGUUCUCAGUAUGUAAAAUUGUUGUUCUCAGUAUGUUGUUCUCAGUAUGCUGUUCUCAGUAUGUUGUUCUCAGUAUGCUGUUCUCAGUAUGUUGUUCUCAGUAUGUUGCAAUCUUUUUGUCUCUCUACAUAUAGCUAUGCACUGUAUUAUUGUGUGUGUCAAGCCUCUUGCAUGGGUAAACAUGCCAUCAUAAUCAAUUAGGCCUCGACCAAAUAUGCUAAAAAAGAGCAUAUUAUGCUCGUCGCAUAUCAGGGAAAACUUCCAUAAUGUGCCAAAGGCUUAGCAAGAUAUGCAAAAAGAUAUGCCA